AUGCUGACCACGUCAUACGACAGUACGACUACGCCACGUGACACAACGACUACACCAUACGACCGAACGACCACGUUAUAUGACCGAAUGACUUGGCCAUAUGACAAAACGACUACGCCAAACGAUAGAUCGACUACGCCAUACGACAAAACUAAGCCAUACGACAGAACGACUACGCUGUACGACACAACGACCAUGCCAUACGACACAACGACGACAACUGCAAAAACAAGGGCAGGCGGUAAUCCAAAACACAUCAUAUUCGUAUUGUACUCGCUCUGUGAAGAAAAAGCUGUAUAA